AUGGUGGACAGGAUUCUCCGCACACACUGGCGUCCUCUGCGUGUUUCGCCAAGCCGACCUUCAAUGGCGCGCGAUGGCAAAAACAUCGAUGCUGGCUCGCCAGAGGGUCGGCCUGCAGCCGACUCCACAGCCUUAACACCGUGGUGUGCCGGUGACUGUUUUCCACCCUUCCCGGAUGAUAUCUUAGGCUGGCUUCGGUUCGCCAACUCGUCCCAACUCCAUUCCCACCUGUACCAGAUGUGUCUGCUACGGCUUGCGUUCCUUUGCCAAACACUACUUGUACUGGGUCUCACUUACUGCUCUGUACAAGUCAGCAAAGGUGUUCUACUCCUGUUUCUGUUCACGGUGCUGAUUUGGUUUGCUGUAGAGGGAGGGCUGCAUCUGGCACAGUCUGCUUUUUCCUGGGGAGGGACCGGCCGCCGAAGGCGCCAGCAUGUUAAGGACGUCAGUAUUCAGCCAUGCAUGACACUCGCUCUGCUGUGCGAGCUGAUUACUCCUCAAGUAGCAGUCUGGGUACUGGACUUGCCAGCAAAAACCGUCUUGACGACCCGCCUUCUUUCAUCCUCGAUUUGCCGAAUCCUGUCUUUCUGCGCGAGAUUGUCUCCUGCGGACUUGUUCGUAGUAUCGUCUGUGGACGUAGGCCUUAGCAUAGGUGCUGUAACUUCUUUGAGACGAUGGGCCAACAACUCAGAGGAUGUGGCACUUGUGGCGGCUGCUUCAGCAGCCCUCCUGUUUUCUGGGCUCACAACCGGUCUGUCGAGUCCUGGCACACCAGGGCGAACAACCGGAUCAGUCUUCCCUUUUUCAGGAGUGCUAUCCCGAUGGACUGAAGAGGAUAGUCAGCAGGAGAAUCCUCGAUGCAACGAAAACAUUCCUGAACACCAUGGCCACGCUGCAAAGACAGGCGUAGCUGGACCUGGGUACAGAAGUGUAUUUUAUCUGGAAGAGCGAAAACGUGUUCCUCAUGUUGUGAGCCAAGACGAGAAGAACCAGAAUUUCCAAGCUGAAAACCGUUUUCGUGUGACGUCGGUGGGCCAGAGCGGAGCUGGAAGUGGACAUCCGUUUUUCACUCGAGUUGGUUUUGGCGCCGACUCGGAAAUGUCUUCUCAUACGACAACAACACUGUUUGCUUCCCACCCGCGGGUACUGGCUCCGAUGUUACAGCCGUCGAUGCUGACACCGAGUGGGCUGCUCUCCGGCCACCUAGAUCCAUGUCCCUCUCACUCAACAGCGUCUCCAGGAGGAACCGGUAACAACAAUGUUUCGCGUGUCGGUCACUGGCCACUAAGGAAAAAAGCCGUCGCGUCGGUGCACAAUGUGGAGUUCUAUGAAACACCUUCAUGCCCGUCGUCGUGUUUGACAGGACCAGUGCAGAAGCAUCCUAUAUGGGACUUGUGGUCAAACACGUACCACGUUAACACACAUGAAGCCGAACCAAGGAGUGCAACCGACGUUGCAGGGCUGGUUCUGCGAGCGUCGGACAUCCUGAUCCUUUCUUCUCUUGAGCGAUGUGGACACACAAUUCAAAUGCUCACUACGCAUUCAGUUCCGAAGUUCCAAGAAAGCGGAGGCGACUCUGUGUCCGAGGUAGAUUGCCGUCUCCUGAACGAAGUUGUGCUUGUUGAGUGCCACCACGUGGUGGACGAACUCGAGCUAAUCCACAAAAACCUUGUUGGAAUACUUCGUCUCUUAGGCCGAUGCAGCCCAGGUUGUUUUGUCUCGUCCGCAACGGUAUCAAAUUACCCAUCGACGGACGAGGUGAACCCUCCCAUAUCAAAGCAGCCGAAUUCCGAUCUUUGGGAACGUUGUCACGGCGGCUGUCCGUCAAAAUCGAGUCGGCGUGCUGUCGGGAACAUUCAAGCGACUUGCCCGGCCUGUGGUUCAUCAGAUUUGUUACAGUGCGUUUGCAUUGCCAUCGACCAACCGCGCCCGUUUGAGCUAUACCAUUGUAUGGACCUUCUCAAACGAGGAGCGGCCGUCGUCGCUCAGGCAACAAGCGUGAAAGUGCGAGUGGCCAUCGCUGAUGACGUGGACAGCCUCACGUCUGUCCGCUACGGAGAUUGCUUUGGAGUUCCCAAGACAGAAGCUGUCAACAUCAGGGACGAGCUGGGUCAUGCGCAACGACUGACUGUAGAGCUUCACUCGUACCAAGGGCGGAUGCGUCAGUCCGGAGAAUUUCCAGAGGAUCCAAUUGCAGGAGGUGUAACGAGGGGAACCGUGACACACGGUGUCUCUGAACGAGCGGCCUCAUCUUGCGAAGGCGACGUGAACGAUCUUUGCCGCAAUGUUAGAAAUAUGGGGAGACAGAAGGAACUUUGGUUGGAGGGACACGAGAAGGAGCUUCUUGUUGUUUUACAGUCUUUAAUUGCGGCAGUGUCAGCAGCAGCAUCUCCUGGAGACGAAGUAACUCUCUCAGUUCGCGUGGAUACGGAGACAUCUCCGGGGUGCCUAGAACAUGCGGACUUUUGUUCUGCCGACCCUGCGACAGGGUUUAGGCACUUGGAGACAGACAGAGGGGACGAGGACGCGUUGCCAUGUGAAUCAGAAUUUGACUCCUCAAAGGGUAGAGCAACCCGAAGCACAAGCCCGUUUUUCGUCACUUGGGAACAGCAGAUGGAGUCAGCUUGGCAUGCAUUCUGUUUCGAAGUUACUCUCUUGACUAGUAGAGGCAUUUCUCUCGAAAAACCAGGUGUUUCGGCUGAGGCGGAAAUCGACAUGCACCAGAUGACACCUCACCUCCUGGCGGCAUUCAUCCGAGAAUGCCUUGACUUACCCCGAUGCGUGUAUGCGCCUCAUUCUUACGAACGGGACAAUUAUACUAGCACACAGCAGGUGCCACGUGCCGGUAUCAGAGGGUAUCGGGGAGCAACGACAAAUGACGGCACAUGCAGAGGUGUUCAGCACGGCGUGGACAGCAUGCUUGGAGCAGAGCAUGAACAUUCGGGUCGUCGAAGCGAGAGGAUGAUGGUGGAUGAACUGGAAUCCACGAGGGCAUCAUGUAACGGUGUCGCUCGUUGCCCUGUGACGGGGGGUAGGUCGCAGUCCCCGUCCGACGGAUGGGCCGCUGACAAGCCUGCGGUACCGCAUGAUAAGCUGAAUGCUCUUUCAUCUGUAUUACGCUUCUGCCAGGCGGUCAUUGAGAGACGAUUCGGAGGUCGUUUAGGCACAUCUCGCGUCAAUACUUCAGCGGAUUUUCAGAAAACGAGGAUACCGCGAGAGAUAGCACGCGACACUGUAAACAAAACCGUUGAGGAGCGGAGAUCUGAGUCUUAUUCGCAAGAGUUGACGAAUCUUUUAGCGAGACGAAGGGAGUCUACAGGGGAAGCAAGCAGUCGUGCGGAUAAAGGGUUGCGGUUGGCUCAGGUGCCGUCUCAAGAUGGCUUUUCUGUUUUCUUCACUUUACCUCUUCGCCGGUGCCCGCUACCCCCUGGUGCUUCCAACACCUGUGACCGCCUUCGGUUUGUUGAAACAGGGUAUGGGAAAAUCCCGGGUCAUGAGGCGAGUCUAGCCGGAGGGGAUCAUAGAAGGCACGCGGAUGUGGGAGUCACUCCAAUUUGUGCAGGAAGUCCGGGGCGGGGCCACUUGUGCCAGCCCAGGCGAUCAGGCACAGAGAAGCAUAUGCAGUUCUCUGAGGCAGGAGUCACACACCAGCCAGGGAGUCGGAGUGACGGGAAUACGGAAAUGCGCUCCUUGAGCUCGGGAGCAAGAAUUGGAAACUCUGCGGGCCUCUGGAGUUUAGACGACUCUCCGGCUACGGCCCGCUCACUUUCGGUGCCACAAGCCUCGGGAUGUAGAGCAGCGGCACAUCCGACAGUCUUCCCGGAAAAGAGGAAUGCUGCGCAUUCUUUGCACACAGCGGAAACAGUCGAGCGGAUAGGAUGCAAGAUGAAAACAAGAAGCUUGACACGGGACACGAGGAGACAACAGGGGAGUGGAGGGCCUCUAGAGGAGUUAGAAGGAAAGGAGCACAAUGUGCAACAGGCGGUUCGCGACCAUGGACCGGUUCGACAGCUGUUGAAGAUACGAGAACAGAAGACGUUCGAGGAUGGUGAGGCGAACAACCGAUUCAGAAGUGGCUUGUUGCGAGGAAACGAGGAAGGCGAGUUCCCUGGUCGUGGACCAGCAGAAGGCAACACUCCCACUGGGAGCACGUGGAACACUAGCAAGUGCACCGCUACACGGGAAUGUCUUCUCGACUUUGCUCUUCGGCAUACGUCGAAGAAGCGUCCCAAGUACGGGUGUCUCCAAGAUUCCGAUAAGACCAGCAGCAGCACUGACGAAUUUCCAACACGCUCCCGUGUAUUGUUACCGUUCGGUGAUGUGCCCUCUUUGAUUCCAUUUGUUUCUUCAGAACCUGCUCUGGUCGCCGAGAUGAAACCGAAAGAGGAUGCUGGGAAUAAUAUAAACGUGCAAUCGACUCAAACGCCGGUGUCAUGUCAUCGUCCCCAGCGAGACUGGCCGCCGACCGCCGCCAGCUUGUCGUCCCAUCAAACGGCGACGAAGUGUCAGGUGCUCAAUCCAGACACGCCGACAGUGGACGUGAGCAUUCCGUGGGGGGUUCCUGGAACAUAUGGAGUGCUGAAAGCGAGCUCUCGAACAAGUGACAGAUCAACGGAGGAAUGCACUCGGAACGGGGAAGGCAAAGGUAGCUCCGAUGCUCGAGUGGAUGCUGGUAAACCUACUGGCUGCGCAAGUGGUAGCCAUGCAUGUUUGCAAAUGAGAGAUGUGAAGCACAUUCGAAAUGAUCAAGGUGAAGGCGCUCUUCACACGCCUUCAGUCGCCUGUUGGGUUUGCAAAAUGUCUCCGAAGGCCAGAGAGAGAGCACUGCGCCAUAAUCACUUCCCUCCUUUCUCGUCCAGUGCUGAUGAAUCAGCAUUUUCAGCAGCUGCUGAUGCGCUUUUUGACGAGAGCGUGCGUAUUGAUCAGGAACAUAAGCAUAAUGCAAAGCUGCUCUCUCCGGACAGCGCUGUAUCCGAAAAUAGAGUUGAAGGCCUGUCGAGACAAUCAAAAGGGCCAUCGAUGCUCGGGGGCGCUCUGUCACACUCCGUGGCGGAGAAGCGCGAGAUGACGAAAAACGAACAGCAAAGAGAAGAGAAUGUAGGGGGACGAAAAAAUGCACACAUUGAUAGGGAGACUAGCAUCAGAUUUCGAGUAGUACAGCCAGUUUUGUCCGGGGAACUGAACACCACAAACACUGUCGGGCUGACAGGACCCCCCUCGCCUAGGCGGACAUCGGGCUCCGGUCACUGCACUUCUGCGAGACGAAAGUCGAGCAACAGCUUAGAUAUUCCUUUGUGUUCCCCUAUGGUAGCCGGAAAACCGCGUAUGGGAAUUCUGGGAGAGGAACGUGAGCCGUGGUGUUUUCCCGCUGGAUCGCACAGAGACCUGCGACCGUGUUCAGAGGCUGCUUUUGCGUUCCAGUCCGCAGUGGAUCCUCUUGACUCUAACUAUGAGUCCGAGGAAGCGUGUGAGCUGCGACAGCCAGGAAAAGGACUUCGGCAACACGGUAGAACAUACCAGAUGGAAAAGAGAGGCGAAGGUGACCAGAAGAAGCGCGAGUCAGAAAAAGUCGUCGAAACAGGUUUGGAGCGUCAAAGCAACGCACAGAAACAGCUAGACCCUGUUCCCCAGACAGAGGAGACUGCAGCCACCGGUGACUCUCCUGCAGGAAUAGACGCCAUCAGGAUAGGACUUCAGCAGUGUCUGGAUCUACAGCGUAAGAAACAUGGCGUGGGCACGUCAGCGAACCCCACUCAUCGUCUUGUUGGCCACACAUUGCCGGCCCAAGGAACCGAGGCAUUCCUGGACGGCACGCUUAGUGACCAGUCAGUCAACCGUCGCACUGAAGAGCAACAAACCCCAGGAAACUCGUUUUCUUAUGUUCCUCUGUUGGAACACGCAAAUGCGAAAUCGAAUUCCCUUCAUGAUGAACCUUUAGCGGGUGGUGUGGAGACUCUCUGGUCUGGCUCGUCCGGAGACAGGCCAGCAACUGAUCAUGCGCCUCUAUAUGGGACAGUCCGCUCUCUUCUCUCAUCCGAUAGAGGGAAGCAGACGACGAGUCGAAGAGGAGAGGGAUACGAGGAAGAGGUUUCAACGCAUCGUGAACGCAUUAAGAUGAACAUGCAGAGUGCUGCAACUGCCCGCGGCCAGCAAGAACGGAGGCAUUCGUGUCCCACAGAGCCUCUUCUCGGACCUGCUUGUACACACAUGGAUCAUGCGUCGUCUUUACAAGUGAUUCAAGACGAGAGUGCGGGUGAUUGUGGAUCUCGGGACGGUUUUGCCGGAAUACUGUUGAUGCCUCUCUCUUCCCACGUCUACGCGAUCCCGUCGCGGAUUGCCUUGAAGAGACAGGGUGAGACGGGAGAGAAGGGAACACUUUGGGUAGAUUCGCAGGAGCAGGGUGAUGUUCGUCUGCGUGACAACGACGGUGCUGAUGGGAAUAAGGAGGCGAUCCGCUUCCGGACAAUUCACUCUUCCACGAGGACGCCCCCCCCUUGCCCUGUUCAGCGGGUGGCCCCGAACGAGGCUGAGGAAAGAAAGGAGACAGCGACACACUCCGUCUUCAUCGACACGAUCGAAGGCCUAGGUGAAGAGGACCAGCAGGAACGAAGGUGGAUACAGCUCCAGCAGGAGGAGCAGCAGUUGCGUAUGCAGCUGAAAAGAACGACGGGGUUGCUAGAGUCUCUCGCUGCCCGUCGAAAGAAGACCUAUCACAAUGUGCCGGCUGCAGAUAACGAGAGACCACCCACAGUGCCUUCCUUCGUGAAGACAGCAGACGUGGAAUCGAAUGCCAACAUGGGGGGAAGCAAUCAGGACGGGCGAACACGCGGGGGAAAAAAUGACGCUCGUCAAAGCGAAGACACAUGCCAGAAAGAGCACGAGGCACCCUUCAUCCUGACACGUUCUCUAGAUGCAGAAGGCCACGACAAGGUUGUGCUCGCAGCCUCACGAGGUUGGUCACCGUCUUGCUUAUCUGCCGGCAAAAUCCUCUCAUCGUCUUCCCCUCGAGAGGCUCCGUUGUCUUCAUCUAACAAUGAGGCAUUCACUUGGAAUCGAGCCCGUUACCAAGGUUUCUCUGGUGCAGAAGAGGAAUUGUUCCCGUCGGCUCGCGCGGAAAUCCCAGGGGGGAAGACAUUCACGAGCCCGCCCGUCGUCUGGGGGCGGCAAGGAGCGAUAGGCGCUAAUGGGACGCCUAUGAUUGUGCCUAGGAAGCUUCGUGAAACUACUUACGAGAACGAUCAGUGUCGCACGAAUGACGCUUGUGGCUUUGCCAGAGGAAAGCAUCAGACUUGGCUAAGCAUCUAUGGUACACCCCUAACGGCGGUAAGAACUGUAAGCUCAGGGUCACAAGGGUCCGAGAAGAGGCAGUCGGGAACUCUGAUGAGCACGCUACAGCGCAAGGAUCGGGACUCAGGCGGUUGUGAACAGGUCGGUCUCAAAAAUAGGAAAGGAUGCUCGUUGGGAUUUAGCACAGCACAUAUACCGAUGGGCUUCCAUGGAACUCCAAUGACGGAGCCUCGAAUUGUCAGGCCGAGAGGUUCACCAGAACACUCGAACGAGAACGGGAGACGACAGUGA